UGGAGUAAUAAUUGUACGUUAAUUAUUAACGUACAAUAAUAAUUUUAUUAUUUGUUAUAAUUAUAAACUCUCUACUGUUCUAAUAAUAUAAUCUGUAAUGUAAACUGAGUGCUGUGCUGAGUGUGAGUUUUGAGUUUUCGAGAGAAUAAUUCACAAAUUCACUUACACUAUAAAAAUUAUUUUUAUAGUGAUUUAACGUGUUGGGAGUUGGGUGUAAAAUAUCAAGUGUAAUCUAAAUGGAAGUAAAACAAGAACAUAACGAGGAAGCCUGUAAAAUAGAAAUAGAAUAUAAUGAUUUGGAUGGUUUUAAAUGUGAAAUUCAGGAAGAAUCAAAUAGCAAAAGUACACAUGACACAACAUAUGAUUAUUUAGAUUUAAAGGAACAUCUUGUUGUAAAUCCUAAAAUAGAACAACAUGACAAUAAACUUAAUCCAUUUGAAGAAAACCAACAAAAUGAAAAUGGAUAUCUCCAAGAAGAAAACAAAAUGGAAAUUACGGAGACACCAAUUGGACAUUCAUCUACCGAAGGAAGUUAUAUGAGAACACAUGCUGAAGGAACGACAUUAAAUGAGAAUGUGAAAGUUACGACUGUACAAGGACCUUACAAGUGCGAAAUUUGUUUUAAACAAUUUAAUGAAGCAGGUAAUUUAAAAACACAUUUGAGAGUGCACAUUGAAGAAAAACCUCAUAAGUGUGAAAUCUGUUUUAAGCAGUUCAGUCAAGCAGAUGGUUUGAAAAGACAUUUGAGAGUGCACACUGGAGAAAAACCUCACAAGUGUGAAAUCUGUUUUAAGCAGUUUAGUAUUAAAAGUAAUUUAAAAACACAUUUGAGAGUGCACACUGGAGAAAAACCUUACAGGUGUGGAAUUUGUUUUAAACAAUUUAGUGAAGCAGGUAAUUUAAAAACACAUUUGAGAGUUCACACUGGAGAAAGCCCUUACAAGUGUGACAUUUGUUUUAAGCAGUUUACUAGAAUAUAUUAUUUGAAAAUACAUAUGAGAUUGCACACUGGAGAAAAACCUUACAGGUGUGAAAUUUGUUUUAAACAAUUUAGUGAAGCACGUACUUUAAAAACACAUUUGAGCGUUCACACUGGAGAAAAACCUCACAAGUGUGAAAUCUGUUUAAAACAGUUUAAUAAUGAGCGUAAUUUAAAAAAACAUUUGAGAGUGCACACUGGAGACAAACCUCAUAAAUGUGAAAUCUGUUUUAAGCAGUUCAGUCAAGCAGGUGGUUUGAAAAGACAUUUGAGAGUGCACACUGGAGAAAAACCUCACAAGUGUGAAAUCUGUUUUAAGCAGUUUAGUAUUAAAAGUAAUUUAAAAACACAUUUGAGAGUGCAUACUGGAGAAAAACCUUACAAGUGUGAAAUUUGUUUUAAGCAGUUUAGUCUAGCAGGUGAUUUGAAAAACCAUUUGAGAGUGCACACUGGAGAAAAACCUUACAAGUGUGAAAUUUGUUUUAAACAAUUUAGUGAAGCACGUACUUUAAAAACACAUUUGAGAGUUCACACUGGAGAAAAACCUCAUAAGUGUGAAAUCUGUUUUAAGCAGUUCAGUCAAGCAGGUGAUUGGAAAAGACAUUUGAGAGUGCACACUGGAGUAAAACCUCACAAGUGUGAAAUCUGUUUUAAGCAGUUCAGUCAAGCAGGACAUUUGAAAGUACAUUUGAAAGUGCAUACUGGAGAAAAACCUUACAAGUGUGAUAUUUGUUUUAAACAAUUUAGUGAAGCAGGUACUUUAAAAAAACAUUUGAGAGUGCACACUGGAGAAAAACCUCACAAGUGUGAAAUUUGUUUUAAACAAUUUAGUGAAGCAGGUACUUUAAAAAAACAUUUGAGAGUGCACACUGGAGAAAAACCUCACAAGUGUGAAAUUUGUUUUAAACAAUUUAGUGAAGUAGGUACUUUAAAAAAACAUUUGAGAGUGCACACUGGAGAAAAACCUUACAAGUGCAAAAUUUGAAUUUACAACUUUUUUGUAUUGAAGGUUUCUUGUUUGAUCUUUGUUAUUUUUAUUAGGAUAUCGAUGACUAUUAUAAACAAGUGAGGACUUAGCCCAUUUCUUUGUUUAAUUCCCUUAGCCCAUUUAAAUGUGCCUGAUCUUUCUUCAUUUAUUUGUACUUGGCCUUCUACUUCCAUAUAUAUAUUUUAUAACUUUUAUCAUCUUUGACGUUGUUAUCAAAAUACAAAAUUAUAUUAAUAAAUUAAACAAUUUUUGUUGUUUAGUAAAAAAAAUCUUCUAAUAAUUUAAUUUAAUCUGAAUCAUUCAUAUCGGCAAUUUAGACAUAUAUUAUACAUUUUUAAGUAGAAAACUUUAAAAUAAUAUUGCCAAUAUUUAUGAGUUGCGUUCCUGGGACGACUUUAUUGAAACAUAGUUCAUUCAAUUACAUGAAAUCAACUUUACCUUAAGAAUAUCGAUCACAAAAAUCAUAGCAUGUGAUUUGUCUUCAUAAAGACAACCACAUGAAAUGAAGACAGUAAAAUCCUCGUGUUAUUUUAUUCUAUUGUUAGUUAAUUUUCACUGUAUUACUGUUGAACUGUUUUGUAUUAUUUAAGUGAAUAACAUUUUUUUAAGAUACGCUUCAACAGGCUAGUGUUCUGGUCCAAAAUGUAAUGGAUUCUUAUUGACAAUUUUUUAUGUAAAUAAAAUGGAUGUCUGUAUUGUAAUAUUCAUUAAUUAAUUUGCUGUUUAUGGUUUAUCAGUGACUAAAUGUUUUGAUUGUAAAUUUUAGCAUAGAUAGUGAGAUUGUAAACACUUUUUUUGCCAAGUGGAUAUUUCUUUUCCAAUUGUAUUAACCCAUUAAUUAUUAAACUUAUGUAAAUGUAACCUUCUGAGUAACAUUUUUUUAAGAUAUUAUUUCUUCAACAGGCUAGUGGAUUGCCUGUUCCAAAAUGUAUUGAAUUAUUAUUGACACUUUUUUAUGUAAAUAAAAUGGAUAUCUGCAGUGUCAUAUCUGUUUAUCAGUGGCUCAAUGUUUAAAAUUACAUACAGUCGGAAAAAUGAAAGAAUACACAUGAACGAACAUAUAAAACACGCUGUAUUUUCCUGUCACUGUGUCACAAAGAAAAUUGUCCAGUGCAAGUACAUGUAACAAUAAUUAUUACAUGUACUUGCGUUGGCCAAUUUUUUGUGUGACAAGGUGAUAGAAAAAUACAGCGUGUUUUAUAUAUUUGUUCAUGGGUAUUCUUUCAUUUUUCCUACUGUAAUUUAAUUAACCUUCUGAUUAACAUUUUUUUAAGAUAUUACUUUUUCAACAGACUAGUUUCUAUUCCAAAAUAUAUUGAAUUUUUAUUGACAUUUUUUUAUGUAAAUAAAAUGGAUAUCUGUAUUGUACCUAAUAUCAAUUAAUCAAUUUGCUGUUUAUCAGUGACUAAAUGGUUUAUAGUUUAUAUUGUAUAAUUGAAUUAACUGUCUGAAUAAUAUUUUCGUAAGAUAUUACUUCUUCAACAGGCUAGAGUCUAUUCCAAAAUGUGUUGAAUUUUUAUUGACAGGUUUUUAUGUAUUUACUUUAAUAAAAUGGAUAUCUGUAUUGAAAUAUCAAUUAAUUAAUUUGCUAUUUAUUAGUGACUAAAUGUUUUAUAUUAUAUAAUUUUGUGAAUUUUAGGAUAUAGUGAGAAUGUAAAACUGAAUGAUGAA